AUGUGGGAGGUUAUUAAUAAGGAACGAUCCUAUCAUCAUGCACAAAAAGAAGUAGGAACGAAUUUAACUGCGCAAAACUUUAGUAACUACUACGCUAAAGAAGUUGAAAAACUGGUAAAGGACUUAAAUCCGGCAACGACGAUUUCCAACGUUUAUGUAAAGAAUACAGCAAGAAUUUUUUCUAAAAGUCUUUACUUUAACCCUUGUACCAAAGACGAGAUAAUAAAUAUAAUUAAUCAUUUAAAAACCAAAAAGGGCGAAGAUGUUUAUGGACAUUCAACAGAUAUUGUAAAGAAAGUUGCGAAAGAAAUCUCUGAACCGCUUUGUAUGGCUUUAAACAAAUGUAUUGAAGACGGAGUUUUUCCCGAAAGAAAACAUACCAGGAUCUUACCAAUCUACAAAAAAGGAGAUUGCUCAUAUUACAGACCGAUUGCCCUCCUUCCAGUGUUUUCAAAAAUCUUCGAAGAACUAAUAACAUAUUUGACGAUAGCCAACAUGGUUACAGGACCGGAAGAUCGACGAUCACAGCUGUUAUCCGAAUGA